AUGUACACCGAGCAACCUGCAAGAGACGAGACUUCUAUUGACCUACUACCCGCCAUGUCUUCUAAUUCCCAACCCAUUGUCUUCUAUGACAUUGCAAUGCGCCCGCCAGUGGAGAAGAACUGCUGCUCUCCAAACCCAUGGAAAGCUCGUCUGGCCCUCAAUUUCAAAGCUGUCCCUUACACGACCAAAUGGGUGCCUCUUCCUGACGUAGCCAAAGUGCGUAGUGGGCUCAAAGUGCCCGCUGUCCGCAAGUUUGCUGAUGGGUCAGACUUCUACACAUUGCCCAUUAUCCAGGACCCCGCCACCAACUCGGCUGUUGGCGACUCCUACGAUAUCGCAGUCUACCUGCAGAAAACCUACCCAGAUUCCGGCGCAGGCGACCUCUUCCCGGAUCAGAAGCUCGACUACACCUUUACCCCCGAUUCUGAGAUUGCAGUGCCCCUCUCAGAGGUGCCGCAGAGCGGAUUCAUUGAAUACGCCAAGUUCAACGUCAAUGUCGACGCGGCAUUCAGCACACAUGUGCAGCUCUCGACCCAAGAGUUCCCAUUCGACCCAGCCACUGCUGAGAUCAGUAAAGCUGAGUUUGUCCGCCGUGCAGGCGUUUCGUCUUGGGAUGACUUUGCGCUUGUCGGCGAGGCGCGGGAGAAGGUAAAAGAGGGGCUCCGGAAAACGCUCGGCGAGCUCGCCAAGCUCUUCCUGAAGGAUACCAGCGGACCCUUUAUAAUGGGAACAAGAGCUACCUAUGCGGACUUGAUCGUUGGUGCAUGGUUGCGAAUGAUGCGCACGACAUUGCCGUCGAGUGAGUGGGAGGAAUUGAGAAGCUGGCAUGAUGGUGUAUUUGCGAAGUUGCAUGAUGCCCUGGACGUAUAUGCAGAGGUCAAAUAG